AUGCGAUUGAUAUGGUGGACGAACCCGAAGGCCCCCGAAGCCAAAGCGGACAGUCCUCUGCAGAAGGCCUCGAUGAGUUUCUGCAACCUUGCACGUGCCUUGCCAUAUCAAGAUGACAGUGAGAAAGGCAUGGCCGAGCAGGUGAACAAGGUUGACAACUGCAAUCUCAUGGAACGUCCGUCCAAGCAUCAUCCUGCAUGGUCCACCUCCGCCAAGUCUUCUAUGGACUGUUCCGACCGGUCGAUAAAUGCAUUGUCAUUCAGCAAUGCAAGACAACUUCGGUCAUUGUUCACCGCCGAUACCCACGACACUCCUCAACCGGAUGAUGCUGGCUACGAAUGUGUGGUGCUGGUGGGUGGCGACAGCACCGCUAAUGAAUUCGUCAACGGCCGUUUGAGUCGCCCUGAAGUCGAGUGGAGGCAGUUUUUUGUCGUAGCGACCCCACUGGCAUUCCUUAGUCUGAAAGGAGCCACAGACACCCUCAGUCGACACAUGCAAGCAGCGUUGCACGUAGCCUCUAUCUAUGCCACCCUGACGCAUAAAAUCCGAUCGCUAGAUGUGUUGGCUGUGGAAUCUCCGCCUGGCACCACCAGUUUCGCCUGUUGUGGUGUGGCAGCUGCCGUUCCCGGUGAUGUCCGUCCGUCCAGUGGAUGUGGCCAUCGUGGCAAAAUGCCGCGACCCCUAGCGGCGGCGGAACCUCAUCACACGGAGGAAGAAGGAUCGUUUGCAGUGGUGGAGGGUUGGACGGCAACAGCUGAAGUGCGACAUCAUUCGGACGGGUACAUGGAAUUUGUGGCAGUGCGUCGCGGAAGUCUGCUUGGGCCGGCCGUGACAACUUGGAAAGCCGCGCGCGGUCAGGUGCAUCCGCCGGCUACGACCCGACGAGUUGCGCCACUUCAAGCCCACAACGGGGUUGUGCGCAUCCCCGUGGUCCGCAAUCUGCUCGCGGAGUCGACAUCGUAG